AUGAAGCGUUCAUCUCUCCUCCUUCUCCUCCUGCUGGCAGAUGCUUCACGGGGAGAACUUCAGAAAAGGGUUAUAAACGGAGAACCCUGUGAAAAAAGUGAAGGUACCCACCACGUGGCUCUGACUGAUACAGAUGAUGAUGGUAAACUUUCGGGUGAAAUUCACUGUGGAGGAUCUCUGAUCAGUGAUCGCUGGGUUCUGACUGCUGCUCACUGUGAAAAGCCGAACAUGAUUGCACUAUUGCAUGAGCAUCCAGAAAAUGAAAAGAGAGAAAUUGGUGAGAUUGAAGAGACUCACAAGUAUGCAGACUGUGAUGGAGAACACGACAUCAUGCUGCUGAAACUGAAAAAUCCUUUCAAACUGCCAACAAUUAAACUACCCGACCCCAUUAACUGCAGAACUCCACCAAUAAAGACCAAGGGGAACCUCUGUCUGGAAGUAACUGAUUGUCAGGACAUGUCUGAUUACCUUCACCACAAAGACCCCAGUAUGCGGUCGUAUGCAUACGAUCGGAUUUUCUGUGCUGAGGGAUUUAAGAAUAUGGUUGACGCCUGCAAGGGGGAUUCUGGAGGCAGUAUGAUGGUGAAGGAAGGGGGCGAUGAUGUCCUGUAUGGAGUGCUUAAAGGUAGCCAUGACAUUAUGUGUCAUAGUCCUGUAAAGUUCUUGGACGUCUGUCGCUACAGGAGCUGGAUCCGUAAAAUUACUGGAAUAUAA